AAGAUUCUUCUACACCCAAAGUAUUAUCAUUAUUGUAAGUUGCCUCUACAUUUUCCUUCAAAUGAAUGUCCUCCUUCAAAACCUUCUUUAAUUAGAUAUGGCAACUUCUUCUCACAAUUAUCACAUUCCUCUCAUGAUCAUAACUAUCUUUUUCUUCUAUCCCCCAUUAAUAUUCUCAUCAGCUCAAUCAAUUAGCAUCUGCCGAACAUCCUGCGGAGACAUUCCGAUCAAAUACCCUUUCGGAAUUGACGACGGUUGCGGCAGUCCAUUUUACCGACAUUUGCUAGUCUGCUCAAACACCGGUCAUCUUUCCCUCCGAACUCCAUCCGGCCGAUACCCAGUUCGCCGGAUAAGCUAUUCCGAUCCACACCUCCUCAUUUCCGACCCAUUCAUGUGGGAUUGUAUCGAUGGAGAGAAAUUCAGACCAACAAGACCAUUCAGCCUAGAUACAAGCACCCACUUCUCUCUUUCAACACAAAACGAUUACCUCUUCUUUAACUGCAGCGAAGAUAAAGUAAUUGUAGCCCCAAAGCCCCUAUUCUGCGAGCAUUUUCCAGAUCGGUGUGAAUCAUCAUGCGACUCUUCGAGUUAUCUAUGCCGUCAUCUACCCGAAUGUGGGUCGUCGGCAUUGGGAAAGAGUUCGUGUUGUUCUUAUUACCCGAAGGCAACGGAAUCGUUGAGGCUUAUGUUGAAAUACUGCAGUAGUUACACGAGUAUAAACUGGAGACGUUCUGGUGAAGCGAAUCCAUACGAUUAUAAUGAGGUGGCGGAACCGGAGUAUGGGGUAAGGGUUGAUUUUGAUCUAGAGGUGACAAGAAGCUGCCUCCUAUGUGAGGAUACAGCCAAGGGAGGAGGACGAUGUGGUUUUGAUACACAGAAUCAAAGCUUUGUGUGUCUUUGUGAUGAUCAUGAAGGGAUGGAUAAUAAUUAUAACGCUACUACCUACUGCAAAGAUCCUAGAUAUUAUUCUCAGCAGAAUCAUGGGAAGAAGAUUGGAAUUAUUAAUGCAGGGAGUGCUGUUGCUGCAGCAUCAGUUGUGGGGGCAGUAAUAAUAAUAUUGGGAAUUGGAGGGUUUUGUUUGUGGAAAGUUAGAUCACAUAAGCCAGUCACCCAUGGUGUUCAAACCAACAAUGAGAAUAGGCUUUUUUAAAUGGACUAUUUAUAUUUUCUUUGUCAUUCUGUUUCCUUAAAAAGUAGCUUGGGUAAUGUAAGAAAAAGAGUAGGUUCUAUAUUAUGGUCCCUACAGUUUGUCCAAAUUUAUGUAAGAAAACUAAUCAAUAUGGGUAUGUUUGAGUCUAAACUUUAAAUCUUAUUUGAUUUGGCGCCUAAUGGUUUAAUUUAUAAUGUAAUAAGACCAUGUUUGAUUUUGUAGGUCUAAAAUCAAAAGU